ACCACAUCCAAACCUCAGGGCUCUUCAUCAAAUAUUGCUUGCUUCACAAUCUGACAGGAUAGUCCCAUCCGAGAUAACCUCCUCAGCUGCUCCCUGCAAAAGAAGCUUGUUUUUUCCCCAAUCAUCCGGUUUGUCUAAGUUCCCCACUCCUCUAUACACAGAGGGAAUGGGUGGUAAUCCUCUUGCUAAGAAUGCUCAGUUUUGUUGGGGGAAUGAAGCAGCCACAAUUAAGUCAAUAUAUUUUCAGGAAAAGCGUAAGCACCUUGAGGUGCCAGGAUCUUUCAUAGAAGAUUUUCCUCCGUCCCCUUCGGACCAUCAAAGCAUCUUGGUUUGGUUAUCAGUCCGGUGUUUGCAGAAAGGAAUCAUUUGUAGAUGGGCUCAAAUCUUGCGUAUGAAAUACUAUGGCAGCUUUGACAAGACCUUGGGGAGGUUUCUAAGAGACGAUUUAUUUGCUCAGAGUUAUCACUGCAGUUCGUGUGAGAUGCCUUCAGAAGCACAUGUUCAUUCUUGUACUCAUCGGCAGGGCAGCCUCACGAUAUCUGUUAAGAAGUUUCUGGAAUUUCUCUUACCAGGUGAACGAGAUGGAAAGAUUUGGAUGUGGCACAAAUGCUUGUCGUGUCCUCGUUUAAAUGGGUUCCCACCAGCAAAUCCUACAGCUGUAAUAUCUGAGUCUGCUUGGGGUUUAUCUUUUGGGAAGUUCUGGAGCUUAGCUUUUCCAAACUGGCGAGGAUUCUGGGGAUCUAUCAGGGCUGUCCCGAUUUACAUCACAGGGGAGUUCUGGGAAGGGAGGAUAGAAAUUGACUUGAUUCUCUUUGAGUUCAGUUUGUGA